CCCCUCCGCCGCUGGUCGAUUCUGCUGCUCCGGAAGCGUCAUGGUGGCUCUGCUCGCUGCCUUGGCUUGGCUGUGAUCCUAGGGUGGACAUCUCAAGCUUUGUUCAUGGUUGGCGUAGCCAGGAAACACAUCCGAGCCAAUAAGGGAACCAGCUGGCAUUUCAGUAGGACAAUGGAAGAGCUUGUCCAUGACCUUGUGUCAGCACUGGAAGAAAGCUCCGAACAGGCCAGAGGAUGCUUUGCCGAUACUGGAGAUCACUCUCGAAGCAUUUCAUGCCUCCUUAAACGGCAAGCGAGGAAGCGGAGAGGACGGAAGAGACGUUCAGAGAAUAUUCACCACCCAUGGGAAACGGGACAUUGUCUAAGCGACGGCUCCGACUCCAGUCCAGAAGAACAAAACAAGGACUACAGGGAGUGUGUCAGUAACAAUAAGAAGGACAGCGACUCGGACGACCAGCUUCUACUAGCGAAACGGAGGCCGUCCUCCAGUGUCAACAAUGUCCGCAGUAAGAGGCCUCUGUGGCACGAAUCUGACUUGGUUGCUGAUACCUUGGUGAGUAGGACCUUACGAAGGAGACGGAAAGUGAAGAGAAUGGCCAUUGACCCGCCGUCAGAAGUCACCAGCACCUUGACCCUGGCCCGUGAUCAGGCAAUGGACAAUGACUCCAAACAUUAUCUGCACCUGGAGAUAUCCAAGAACAAAAUGAAGAAGCGGAAAAUUGCUCCAUCGAGGCAUGGGCCUGAGGUUCCUGAUGAGGGCGUUGUGGUGGAAGGAGAAGACAUGGGUCAUGGAACCAAAGACAAGAUGGACUAUGAAGAACAGAAGGGCUCGGAUGAAAACAUGAGUGACAGUGAAUCCAGCAGUAUUAGCAGCAGCGACGCCGGUCUGUUUACGAACGACGAGGGACGCCAAGGUGAUGAUGAACAGAGUGACUGGUUUUACGAGAGCGAGUCCGGAGGAGCAUGCGGCAUCACUGGAGUUAUCCCUUGGUGGGAGCAGGAACGACCCGGAGAGCUGGAGAGAGAGCUACCGGAUCCAGUGUUUCAGAGCAUCCUCACCGGCUCCUUCCCCCUUAUGUCCCAGACUGCACAGCGAGGGUUCCAGGCGAGGUUGAGUCAUCUCCAUUCCAUGCAAGCGAGAAGUGUAAGGAAGUCGUCCUUAAACCCAAGUCCUCUGAUCAGUAGCCCCGGGUCGAGCACCAAUGAAAGGCUGGCGCACUUUCCUCAGGACCCUCAUCAUCAUCACGACCAUUGGUUUAGUCCCGGAACAAGAAAGGAUCACAGUCCGCUUUUACGAGAUGCUCGUUCAGAUCGAGGACACAAGAAAAACUGUUCGGUGAAAACAGCCAGCAGACAAACGAGUGUCCAUUUAGGAUCCUUGUUUAUGGGAGACAUCAAACGGAGAAGAAAGGCGGCUCCGCUUCCGGGACCCACCGUGUCUGGUUUUAUAGGUGAAAAUGCACAGCCUAUCCCAGAUACUAAUAUCGGAAACCGAAUGCUCCAGAGUAUGGGUUGGACACCCGGCUCAGGACUUGGUCCUGAUGGAAAGGGAAUUUCUGAGCCUAUAAGAGCCCUCCAGAGACCAAAGGGAAUCGGACUUGGUUUUAGCUGAUGUAAUCAAAUCCCUGGAAGAUGUCUCCUAAGGUCUUGGGUUUGGAAAGGAAUUUAGCGUAUUUUAUAAUGUCUUCAGUCAAUAUUCUUUAUAAGAAACUGUAUUUUUUUUUUUUUUCUGCAACGGGAAGAACUUCAAGACUAAGAAAUGUCAACACGGGCUCUCGAUCUGCCAGCAGUGACUGCCACCCUGUGCAUUACGGAUCUCACAUUGUUCAAUGCCAACAUAUCUAUACUGCCUUUUCUUGUACUUUCAACCUGAGGAAUUUUUAAUACUGUAUAAAUCCUAGAUUAGAGCAACACGAAGACAUUCCUACACCUCAGAUAUACACCUAGCAGAGGAAGCCUUUUUUUUUUUUUUCAACCAAACUUUGAUAACUAGUCUUUGAGCCAUUCUUCUCCACCUUUGGAGACUUUUACGCCCCGGCCGAAGAUACAUGACCUGGUCUCUCUUAGAUAUGUCUAAUUGAACUAUUCUACUUUUUUUUUGUUUCCCUAUGGGGGUACAGACUCAUAGAAUAGAGCAUCCUGGGAAUUGUAGAAGAGAAGGGCCUUGUGUCGGGUGCGAUGACCAUGCUCUUGAAGGACCGCCUGUUAGAUGGAAGGAGCAUAAACUCAGUCCAAGAUGACAUUAAAUAAGUAAAAGAUAAAUACCUAUUACCUACGUCCAGCUCAAGACAUGAGACCACCCUUGUAUGUAUGCAGGGGAUGACCCUUUGCUCUUGCAUCAAUUCCUUAGUAUAAUGCAGAUAGAUGCCAGGGCUUUAUGUGACCAGGGUGGCAGGUUAUGCCAUGUGAGCGAGCAUGCUUUAUGCUUGUCAAAAUCUGAGGCCACGGUAGGUGGUGGGCCCACUGUGACUCUGCCACCCAAUGGUCCUCAUACUACUGGAGCUAGCCUUGUGUGUGGGAAUGGGAAGCUCUUCCGACACGGUGUUAAGCUUAGUCCUGGGCCUGAGGCCGAGGAUCACGACGCAGAGUUUCAUGUGUCAUGCUCCCCCCUCUCAGACCAUGCGUUAAGCAUAUCGCAGUGUAUCUGGUUAUCUGGAGUGUUCUUUAAAAUCUGUUGUCCUUUUAUGAAGAAGCCCUUAAAAUGUGACCUUAGAACAGGGCUGGCCAACCUGCGGCUCUCCAGCUGUUGUACAACUACAACUCCCACCAUGCCCUGCUGUAGGCUGAUAGCUGUAGGCAUGCUGGGAGUUAUAGUUUUGCAACAGCUGAAGACCCGCAGGUUGGCCAUCCCUGCCUUAGAACCUAGUAACGAUGCUGAAUAUGCUUGACUUCUUUUCCACUGCAGAUCAGAAUAUCUUUGUACAGUUUAUCCAGUUUUCCUUUAGAAUUUCCAAAGCAUUGGUACCCGAAAUUCGACCAAACCCAGUCCUAUUCUCUUUGUAAAUAGAGCUCUUCCUUUCUGUAUAUUUUUUUUUGGCUAAGUUU